AUGCUGCGCCAUGCUGCCCCUGCCUUCGUUCAACGGAGCCUGGGGGGAUGCCUUUGGCGACUUUUCGACGGAGCCUUGAGCGCUGGCGAAGUGAAGGAGGUUUUGUCAGGUGUUGCUGCCUCACCUUACUUUGGAAGAAAUCGUAGUGGCCAUGAUUUCUAUCACGGCACCGAGGGCUUCAGUUUGGUCUUCAGAUCUGCUUGGCGCGCACAGGUGGAACAGCAGUUUCCCUAUUUCCAGCGUCUCUUUUCACAGACUUUGCAUCCGGAAUGCAACUGUUUCUACCUUACGGUCCUGUUUGCGCGCCGCGAUGGUCAAAGAUAUCAUACCGACGACUUCUUUGAGAGCUAUGGACCGAACGCGCCCCGUCCCAGCGAUCUCGUCUCUGUGGUGUACUGUACGCCUGAGGCCAUUGAGGGUGGCGAGUUGCUGCUUCUGAAUGUGGAUGCAUCUUCCCCUCGCAUCCACCGUGGACGUGAACCACCCGAGACGAUCCUGGCGCAGCUGGCGCCCAGCUGUGGCCGCCUGGUGCACUUCGACGGCCGGCUGCUGCACGGCGUAGCGCCCUGGAGGCCGGCGCAGAAUGGCGAUGCGCUCGCGCAACGGGUGAGCGUCGUGCAGCUCGGCGGCAGGUGA